AUUUCGCAGCCUGUAUCUCUAACUCUGUAUUCUUUAACGAGACGCACCAGAAACCGAUCGAUUUAAACGCUCUCCUGUGUGGUCUCGUGGUCUCGUGGUUGACCUUGGCAACCACCACUCAACAAGUGUUUAUCAUCAGCCAGCCCGCGAAAAGUACGCUUCCGAAACAGAUCGCCAUCAACAUGCCCGGCGGAGGACUUUUCGGCGUCGGCGUCCCGCCGUCGCAGCCUGUGUGGCUCCUGUACAUCAAGAUCGCCGUGCUGGUCCUCUCCCUCGUCAUCAUGGGCAUCUCGGGCUAUGUCCUAUCACUGACGAACGGCGGCGCCGCCUCGCUCGACAUGUUCGCUGCCAUCUUCAGCCUCCUCGUGUACGGCGCGGCCGGCGCUCUCGAGCUCUGGUCUCCCAAUAACCUCUUCCGUGUCGGCGGCCUCGUCUGCUACCCCCUUAGCAUCAUUUUCUGGCUCUCCGCCUGGGCCUGGUCGGCGAGCCAGUCGUCGGCCUGGAUGUCGCUUAAUGGCUGGUGGAAGGCCGGUACGAUUGGCGGGUGCCUCGGGGCCUGUGCCGGAAUUGGUGCGCUCAUCUGGAUCCUUGCCAUCGUCCACCUCUUCUUCUUCAUCCGCGCAUGCCUGAGCGAUUCCGGGGCCGCUGCCGGCGUCGGCCAGGCGGAGCUCGGCCAGGUCAAGCCCGAGGGCCAAUCCCAGCAGUACCAGCAGCCGUAUCCUGCCCAACAACCGUAUCCGGCCCAGCAGCCCUAUCCAGCACAGGACCCUUACGCGCCCCAGCAGUAUCCCCAGCAGUAUCCCCAGCAGUACCCCCAGCAGCAGACGUCGCCGUAUCCUACUCAGUAAGCCGCUGGGCGGGGCGCAAUAUCGGCGAGAUUGUUGGCUUAGCUUGGAUUGAGGCGCCGCAAUCGGGUUUCCCGCGACCGGUUCUCCCCCUAUGGUCUCGAGUCUGCUUUGGAUAAUAGAGUGUCCUUUUUCUUCGUCCGAACUACGCGACACACUAGCGAUGUUUUCGGGGUCCUAUCAAGUUAUUUCGCUAGAGCUAUUACAAAUUGAUACCCGGCUUGUCUCUGAGCACGACAACUUUUCCUUCAAAGUUUCCAUGUCAACCACCUAGCCAGGCG